AACUGUCCGAGCAGUGACAGGAUUAAACACACAAUGAGGAACUUUGACUUGAUAACAGCUUUGAUUUUCUGCAGCCUCAGAUGGACCUUUGUCUCUGGCUCUGGGGUUCACAUUGUGACGGCCCAGCCUGAUGAAGACGUCACACUGCAGUGCUCCAACAUUUCCACAAGUCCAACACAUACAGAGUGGUUCAGAGUGGUCAACAUGACUAAAACUAGCUGUAUCUCCUCCCUGUUUGGGUCUCACGGCCAAGCUUCUUUCUGUAACGGAUUUCGAAAUGGAAAAUUCAAUAUGAGUUCCAACAACACCUCUGUGUUUCUUAAAAUCACACAAGUGGAUUUAUCUGAUGUCGGGCUGUAUUUCUGUGGAUUUUAUGUGAAUAAGCAUACGGUCAUUUCCAAUGCAGUCGAGUUAAGAAUUCAAGGCGGUGAAACCAAUGAAGAAGAGGAUUUUAAGACUGAAAAAGAGUCUGAGAGAAUGACAGACCCGAUAAGCACCAUCCUGGGUGGUCUGGCUGGUUUACUCACUAUAGUGGUUAUUAUUCUGGUUCUAAAAAUCUGGAAACUUCAAAAAGUGGCAGAACAAGAACCAAAAAGCAACAAGAAUAUGAGCUCAGACGAUCUGAACUACGCAGCUCUGAACUUCCAGAAAAAAGUCCAAAGAAACCGAAGGCCUGUGACACAGAGAGAGCUGCAGCCACAUGUUGUGUACGCUGCCACCAGAUAGACUCGUGCUUUGUGAUAACCUGCAGAUAAGGUUUUGUUUUGUGGAGGAUAUGGCAAAAAAUAAAACAAAUAAAA